ACGGGUUACGGCAUAUUGAGGGUGGGGCAUUUCAUUUCUCCGCUUCCACACUCUCCUACACUUCUCUUCGCUUCUCUGUUCUUUUGGCGCAAACAUUUUAUAUACACAAACGCAUAAAAAAAAAUUUCUCCAAUUUUCAAACCACAAUUAAACCUCCCUUGUUCUCCAAAUCCAAUUUACACAAAGAAGAGCGAGCGAGAGAAAGAGAAGAGAGAGAGAGAGAAACAGGCGAUGCGAUCGUGGUGGCUGCGGCUACGUUGGAGCCGAUACACGGCGGUGCUGUCGGCGGUGGAGGAAGAGGAGGAGGAAGAGGGAGAAUUAGGUCGUUAAUGGCCUAUUUGCAAAUGAAUUGGCAGCCGAAUCUACUUAGCCAUAGACGCAAAACUGGUCCUCCAUUAGGGCUUAAAAACAUCGGCAAUACUUGUUAUAUCAACUCCGUUCUUCAGUGCCUUACUUAUACACCUCCUCUUGCUUAUUUCUGCCUCAAAUCUCAACAUUCCGAUUCAUGUGAUUCUGGAGCUGCAGCUGCUUGUCCCUUUUGUAUAAUAGAGAAGCGAAUAGCUAGGUCUUUGAGUAUUGAUUCAGCUCUAGAUACUCCGUCCAAGAUUAAUAAUUGCUUAAAGAUUUUCGCUCAGCAUUUUAGGUAUGGGAGACAAGAGGAUGCUCAUGAAUUCUUGCGCUAUGUCAUUGACGCCUGCCACAAUACGUGUUUGCGGUUGAAGAAGUUGCAGCAGCAGAAAAGAAAGGGUGAUGGAAGUGGUGUUGAUGGGAAUGGGAAUACCAUUGUUAAGGAUAUCUUUGGUGGUGCUCUACAGAGCCAGGUCAAGUGCUUGUCAUGUGGUGCUGAGUCAAAUAAGGUGGACGAGAUCAUGGAUGUGAGUCUUGAUGUGUUGCACAGUAGCUCACUUAAAGAUGCUUUGCAGAAAUUUUUUCAGCCUGAGGUUUUGGAUGGAAACAAUAAGUACAAGUGCGAGAACUGCAAGAAAUUGGUGACAGCAAAGAAGCAAAUGUCAAUUCUUCAAGCACCAAAUGUUCUCGUCAUUCAGCUCAAGAGGUUUGAAGGAAUAUAUGGCGGGAAGAUUGAUAAGUCCAUUGCUUUUGAGGAAGUUCUAGUGCUUUCAAGCUACAUGUGCAAAGGGAGUCAGGAUCUGCAUCCAGAAUACAACCUUUUUGGAACUAUUGUCCACUCAGGCUUUUCACCAGAUUCAGGGCAUUAUUAUGCGUAUAUCAAGGAUGCUGUGGGUCGUUGGUACUGCUGUAAUGAUUCUUAUGUCUCUCUUUCAACCUUGCAAGAAGUUUUGUCGGAGAAGGUGUACAUCCUCUUCUUCUCUCGUACCAAACAGAGGCCACCACCUACCAAGACAUGUUUAUCGAGUAAUGGGUCAAAGUCCAAUCAUUCCAAUGGCCUGGUGAAAUCCAAAAUAUCGACCAGUGACAUUGCAAAAUUAGAAAAUGGAACACAAGUUUUAAGCCAUCCCCCCGAGAAAGAAAAUGUAACGACGUCUAAGGUCAGUAAAAUGCAUUCAAGCCCAGUGAGGGAGUUGGGCAUAUUUGGAAGAUCUUCCUUCAAGAAGAUACCUACCUCUGGUAAUAUCAAAAUUGUUCUUCAUCAAAGAGAAUCUAGCAAUAGAACUGGUGAUGUGAGAGCAUCAGUUCUUACAGAGAAAGAUAGUACAUCAUUACCAGACAGGAAAGGCGUUAGCAAAAGUUGUGAUAAUGGUCAAAUGAAAACAUCUCAUGCCUUGACGAAUGGAAAUGGAAAACCUCCAAUUGUAGCAACCAGCUCUGUAGCAGACGGUCCCCAUAAAGAUUAUGGUGGAAGUAAUGGAAAGGCUGUAGAAAGGGAAUCAUGCCACAAAGAGGUGACUAGAUCAUCAUCCUUAGCAAAUGGAAAUGGCAAAAUCCAGAGUGUUGCAACUGAUGAUACCUUGAGGGGAAGUCUGCAUAGAAAUAAUGGGGAGAAUAGUGAAAUCCCAGCAGCAAGAAUUUCUUUGUACAAGGAGACAUCCAAUGGCCAUGUUGAAUCUUCUUCUAUCUCAGGUUCAAAGAGAAAAUCACCAGAUCAGUGCAUCCUGCUUGAGCAAGAUGCUCUGUCUCGUGCACAGGUGGAAGAGUUAAAAAAAGAGCUCCAUAAGGAGGCUGCAUUAGCUCUAAAAACAUGUGGUUGGUCAGACGAAGUUUAUACUUUUAUGCGUUCGAAGAAGUCGGGGGCACAAUCAGACUUUCAAGCAUCAGACAUUAAUGCGAUGAAUUACACUACGUCGGUCAAGCUGGACAUGGAUUGUCUUUCAUAGGGGUGAUGGUGAUAAUGGGAAAAGAUUAAGAGGUGACUUGAUGUGAGUUUGUAUAUUAAACAUAAUGAAGUUAAUUACUGGCAGGUAUGUUGGGUGAAGAAAAUAUAAUUGUUUGGUCGCCAAUAUCGAAACUGGUUAUGCUGGGGUUUCAUAUUUUAAUUUUAUGUGACGAGUUGAUUUUAUUGGUUAAGUUUGAUAACCAGCCAUGGUGGUGUAGUGUUGUCCCUUUUUAUUUUGGUGCAAUUAUUAAGGAAUAUUUGACCUAUUAUUCUGCUCCCUUUGUCCCAAUACAUGUGGUGCACUUUCCGUUCUACUCUAUACAAAAAGAAUGUCAGCUUUCUAUAGUUAGAAGCAACUCAACUUUAAAUUUCCCGUUUACCCUUAAUGAAAUGCUUCAUAGCCACACAAAUGGUCCAAGGUUUGUUUUAGACCACAAAUUUCAAGAGUUUUCCUUUCUUUCGUAAAUUUUAUGCCAGGGCAAAUGCUGCCACAUGAAUUGGAUGGUGGGAGUACUCAAAUGUAAGUGGUCAAAAAAUGAGCAUAAGCCAUAAAAUGGAUUUUAGGAAAAAAUUUAACAGUGUUAGGAUUGAAGUAAGUCCCAAAAUGUUUCUUAGAGUUGUGGGGAAAUCACGGAGAAGUGUGCAGAAGAAAUAUCUUGCAAACUGCGCAACAAGUUCUUAAUUUGAGAAAAUGGAUUUAGUUUAAGGACCAAUGCUAUUGUAUAGGACAUAGUGCUGCCCAGUUGAGAAUACCUAUGUUCUAAAGGUGAAGGUAGUGGAGAUGAGAAUGUUCAGAUGGAUGUGUGGGCAUAUCAUGAGAGAUAGGACUAAGAACCAAGUUAUACGAGACAAAAGGAUUACUAAUCCUUAAUGUUUCGAGGAAUCCUUCAUCUGGGAGUGGCUUCCGAGCGGAUAAGAUGAGGGAAGCAAGACAGAGAGUGGAACUUGGUUGUUGCAGGAGUUAAGAGAGGUGGAGGUAGGCUGAAGAUGUACUGGGGGAGGUGUUUAGUAGGUAGUUGAGUGUUAUCGUACUUCCAGUUGUAUGAUUUAGGUACCGUGUAGUUUCUUUAGCUAUUUUCUCGUCUCUUCUCUUUUUUCUUACUUUCCGGUGUCGGUUAUAUUCCUUGAGCGAAGGGUCUACUAGAAACAAUCUCUCUACCCCGCAAAGGUAAAGGUAAGGUCUUUGUACAUCCUACCCUUCCUUGAUUCUACUUGUGGGAUUACACUAGGUACGAUGUUGUUGUUGGACUUGGUUUAGGGACCGUUGUGAGUGAAGGUGUUAAAAGGGUACGAGGUAGAUCUGGUUUAGGGACCGUUGUGAGUGAAGGUGUUAAAAGGGGACGAGGUAGAUCUGAAAUAAUUUGGAAGUAAGUUGUCUUGAAAAGACAAAAUCUCUUGGAUCCUCACAGACCUAGCAAAAGUAGGUCAAGCUAGAAGAAAAAGAUCUGAAUAGGCAGGCAAAUACCUAUCAGUUGGGACCAUGUUUUUGUUACAUUAGUAUGUUUACUUUAGGUCUUGUAUUUUCUAGGAGUCUUUUGGUCUUUAGUGAGACUUUUUUUUUUUUGGAAACUAGUAACAUAUGUAUUAAAGCAGUACUAAAGUACUGAAGAAAAUCAUAUUUACAAACAAACAAAAGGGAGUAUGAUCUUCCCGAGAGCUAAACCUAUUCCAGAUGGACCCUAAAGCAUCUAGAAUUGACUGUCUCAUUAGAGUAGACAUUUGUACACCAGAGUAGGGGUGACAAACGGGCGUAUUGGAUUGGAUUUGGACGGGUUAAAUACGGAUCGAGCAAAAAUGGUUUGGAUUGC